AUGUUCAAAACUCUGCCAAUCGCCGUUGCAACAGCCUUGUAUUUCCAAGCUGUCCAUGCAUCGGAGAAGCCCAUAAGCUUCUGUACCAAAGGAGGCUGCGAGGAAGAUAGCUGUCCGGUGGCCCUCGCCACCGCGGGCACCGGUUAUCCCAACUGCGUCAUCUACGACAGUAAAGAUAUUUUCUCCGAGGAGCUCGGAUUCCCGACAGCUGCUCACGGCGCCUGGAAGCCCUUCAUCAAUGUCGAGGAGCCUAAUGCGGGCUGCACCAUGAUGAUCAAGUCUCCGGCCGACACCGACAUGGCAGGCUGCGGCAAGCUUGUGGGUUCUUUUAAGCACGAAACCUGCACCAACCUCGCCAUCCAUAACACCUUUAUGAUCCAGUACUGCUGUGGAGACGUCUGUGGAGAUGCCCUCCCGGGCUCCAGGCCGUCUGCCAAGUUCCGCCGAGCGCUCGAGGGCCGCGGUGGUGGCGGUGGCGGUGUUUACCUGAAGUACGCGAAUGGAACCAUCAUCCCGCCGUCCCAAGAGGGUAUUAUGAAGGGGUCCGGCCCAGACUCGGGCAAGAGAAGCGUCCUUGAGUCCGUUGACUUGCUACCUCGCGGGGACAAGGACAAGGACGAGGGCAAGUGCAAGAAUUGGGAGCCCGACUCGGAUAUGCCAAACGACCCGUACACCAAGCCUUCGGAUCAGUCAGAAUUCGUCUACCCCUCUACGACCGGUGGAACCACGAUUCAAAUCACCCAUACCCGCUCGCAAUCGUGGACUCAUGGGUCGGACAUGAGCAUUAGCUUUGCGGAUGUCGUUGGAUUCGGCACUAGUAUCUCUGAGUCGUUCACCGAAGAGGAGUCAGACUCGACUACUAUUGAGUGGACACUUCCUAAAGGACAGGAUGGUAAGGUGGCAUUCACUGCUACUCUGCAGUGUACUCGGGGUACUGGUAAAUGUGACGGGAAAGAUUUUAAAGGUGAGAUCUGUAAGCCGUGGAAGAACGGCGACGGUGUUCUGGUUGGCGAGUACAGUGUGUUCGUCACCAACUAA